ACCUAAACAGCUCCAGGAGGGAGAGGAGGGAGGAGAGCCGCAGCCCGCAGCAGCAGCAGCAGCAGCAGCGUCGCAGCCUGCCAGCCCCGCUUUCAGCCUGCAUGGGCUAGUCGUUUAGCUAGCUUAUUAGCAUCGCCGAGGUUGUUAUCUCCGUGUUUUCCUCCCCAGUCCCGUCUCCCCCUUCCUGCUCGGCUCCAAGAUGAUGAAGUUUAGGUUUCGUCGGCAGGGCACCGACCCGCAGAGAGAGAAGAUAAAACAGGAGCUUUUCGCCUUCAACAAGACUGUGGAGCAUGGAUUCCCCCAUCAACCCAGUGCUUUGGCCUUUGACCCCAAGCUGCAGCUUAUGGCCAUCGGCACAAAGUCAGGAGCCAUCAAAGUCUACGGGGAGCCUGGCGUGGAGUUCACAGGACUACACCAAGACACCACUGCUGUCACACAGAUCCACUUCCUGCCUGGACAGGGUCAUCUGCUGUCACUGCUGGAUGACAACACUAUUCACCUGUGGGAGCUGGUGGCCGCGGCCCCCAGGGAAGUGGGAGGUGUUAAAAGAGAGGGCGUGGUCUCUCUACAGGAAGUGGGCAGCUACAGCCUCCCAGGAAGACCUGGCAUUGAGAGCUGCAGUGCCACUCGGGUGACAGUCCUCCUCUUGCUGAGGUCGUGUGACCUGCUCUGCAUUGGAACAGAGGGAGGGGGCGUGUACUUCCUGGAUCUGCCCCACCUCUUGCUGAAGGACAACCAGACGCUGCUCCAGGAUCAGGUCACACAGAGCCUGCCAGAGGACUACAGAUGUGGGAAAUCUUUGGGGCCGGUGGAAUCUCUUCAGGAACAUCCUCAGCAACCAGGGGUGAUUCUGAUUGGCUACAGCCGAGGCCUGGUUGUCCUAUGGGACCUGAGCACCCGUCAUGCCGAUCAGCUCUUCCUGGGCAAACAGCAGCUGGAGAGCCUGGUGUGGGAACGUUCUGGAAACUUAUUUGUCAGCUCCCAUAGCGAUGGUGGCUACUCUGUGUGGGCUGUUACCAGCGGCAACACCUACAAACACCAGCCAGAGUCCUCUACCAUCCCAUAUGGACCAUUUCCCUGUAAAGCCAUCAACAAAAUCCUGAGGAGGACAACAGAGACAGGCUCAUCAGUGCUGUUAUACAGUGGAGGGAUGCCCCGAGCCAGCUACGGUGACCGCCACUGUCUGACCAUUCAACAGGACAAAGACCACGUCACUCUGGACUUCACGUCCCGAGUCAUCGACUUCUUCACUGUCCACAGCAUAGAGCAAGAGAAAGAGUUUGACGACCCGUCAGCGUUGGUAGUGCUACUAGAAGAGGAGCUGGUCGUUAUCGACCUCAAGACCCCCGGGUGGCCUUCUGUGCCCACUCCCUACCUGGCUCCUCUCCACUCCUCAGCCAUCACCUGCUCCUGCCACAUCUCCAGCGUCCCGCCCAAACUUUGGGAGAGGCUGGUCAACGCUGGCAAAGCACAGCAGGGCCGCCAACACGCACACGGGAGUUGGCCCAUAUGUGGAGGGAAAAACCUGGCACCUCCACCCAAACAACAAGAGCUGCUAUUGACAGGACAUGAGGAUGGCACUGUGCGUUUCUGGGAUGCGUCAGGUGUUGCUCUUACACCACUGUACAAACUCAGCACAGCCAACGUCUUCCACACUGACUGCGACCCUAGCGAUGACCCUCAGGACCCUAGCGACGACCCCGACAUGCAGCAGGAGGAGGAAUGGCCGCCCUUCAGGAAGGUGGGCUGUUUUGACCCAUACAGCGAUGACCCCAGACUGGGCAUCCAGAAGAUCGGUCUGUGCAAAUACAGUAACAAGCUGGUGGUGGCUGGGACUGCUGGACAGGUGAUCGUCCUGGGUUUGAGUGACGAGCGUUCGGACCAUUCGGUGGACGUUUCGGUGGUCGACCUGCUGCAGGACAGGGAGGGCUUCACCUGGAAGGGCCAUGACAGGCUGGAGCCGCGGCUUAAACCCGCCCCCUUCCCCCCAGGCUUUCAGCCGCUGGUGCUGGUGCAGUGCCUGCCCCCAGCCUCUGUCACAGCGGUGGCACUGCACGCCGAGUGGAACCUGAUCUCCUUCGGGACGAGUCAUGGAUUUGGCCUGUUUGACUACCACAGACGAAACGCUGUGCUGGCCAGGUGUACCCUGCACCCUAAUGACUCCUUGGCGAUGGAGGGUCCCCUGUCCAGAGUCAAAUCCUUGAAAAAGUCCUUACGGCAGAGCUUCAGACGCAUCCGCAAGAGCAGAGUGUCUGGAAAGAAACGCACCAUUACCACGCCAACCAGCAAGGUCCAAGAGGCAAACGCUGCUCUAGCAGAGCAGGAGGACAUGGCUCCGAUACAGAGAAGGAUUGAACCCCGGUCAGCAGACGACUCGCUGUCUGGAGUGGUCCGAUGUCUCUGUUUCGCCGACACCUUCCUGCGUGAUGGUACGCAUCACGGCCCCACACUGUGGGCGGGCACCAACUCCGGCAGUGUGUACGCCUACGCUCUGGAGGUGCCCGGCGUGGGCUCGGGGCGCGUGUGUGAGCGGGGCGGCGCGGGAGAGAGCAGUGUGUGUGUGGAGGCAGUUUUGGGUAAAGAGAUCCAGCUGAUGCACAGGGCCCCCGUGGUGUCGAUCUGCGUGUUGGACGGCCGGGGGAAACCGCUACCAGACCCGUACGAAGCCUCGCAGGACCUCUCCAUCGCCCCGGACAUGACCAACGCUCACUCUGUGCUCAUCGCCUCCGAGGAACAGCUCAAGGUGUUUUCCCUCCCCAAGGUCAGCGCUAAGACCAAGUUCAAGCUGACAGCGCACGAAGGCUGUCGGGUGAGGAAGGUGGCUCUGGUGGUCUUCAACUCGGCAGCUCAGGAAGACUACAGCGAACACACACUGGUCUGUCUGACCAACCUGGGGGACAUGCACCUCUUUAACAUACCUGGCCUUAGACCGCAGGUUCGCUAUGACUGCAUCCGUAAAGAGGACAUCAGCGGCAUCGCAUCCUGCGUCUUCACCAAGUACGGACAAGGGUUCUACCUGAUCUCUCCCUCAGAGUACGAGAGGUUCUCCUUGUCUGCCAAGGUCCUCACUGAACCGCUCUGCUCUGUUCAGCUGGACCGGCCACUGGAGUCCACACUGGCCAGCGAUGGUACGACGACGCAGCCGCAGGCCAACGGAACCCACAAGAACCAGAUGGGUCAGGCUGAGGGACAAACAGAAGAGCCUCCUAGCACCCUGUCGUCUCCCAUCCUGGAAACCCCGCUGGACUCCCCACUCAGCUGCGCCGACCUCACCCUCGACUCCACCGGAGAAAUCACCGUGGAGGACGUCAGGGAUUUCUUAACCACUGUGGACGAGGCAGAGAAUAACCUGAAGAACAUCAAAGAGGAGGAGGGACGCUCGACCGGCAUCCUCAUCAAUUGAAGAGUUUUACAGGGAGGGGCUCAAGUGGUCUGGAUGGACCGGAUUUCAGUGCUGGACCACAAACAUCUCCCAUCAGCCCACUGUCGAGCCCCCCGGCCGGCACUCUGCACUCUCCCGUUAGCCUGGCACACACCGGGAGGAAAGCCUUCAUACGGACAAAGAAAACAAGGUUAGAGACUCUGGCUGCGGCUCCUCCUGCUGGAAGAACUCAAUCUUCUUCUUUUAUAACCACUUUUGGAAACAUGACAUCACCUCCCUCACACGGAGACACCGAACUCUCACUCAGCACGGCGUGGGCGCAGGGACGGACUCGGAGGCGACGGUUCCGAUUUCAAGAACUUAAAGGCUGACAUUUUUACCGUCACGGCUGCGUCGCACCUCCUGAGCCCCCUUCCCCUGGUUACCCUCCUCAGUCGGGGCGGUCAGGCGUGACGACGGGAGGGGGCUCAGCUCGCGAGGAAAGGGCUGUUACAUCCCACACAGGAGAAUUAAUUGUGACGUUUGUUUUUUUUUUCUACCCACAGUUUUGUGGCGUGCUAUGGUCUGUUGAGGUUUCCCCACAGUUGGAACUGGAACUGGUGCUCCGUCGCCGAACGCGCCAGUAGAUUCCUUGUACACACUAGCGGAUGUGUCGGAUUGUUUUGCACAUGUUACAAACACCACAGCCCUGUUUAUGAACUGAUAUCCAGCAGAGACUGAAAGGAAAAGGGGAGCGUUGUAGCGUUGAAAAAAGAGCAAGACUAACAAAUGAAGUAUUUUGAAUAUUUGAGUAUUGAGAUUUGUAGCAUUUCUAUUCUUCCCCCUUUUAUGUGCCAAUAAGUGCAGUGAAGAAAUAUGAUCAAGGUUUAAACAAGCUUUCUGUCUACUUACGCUCUUUGUAUUGGGGGGGGGGGGAGUUCUGGAUUAAUGAAGGUGUUUUUGUAUUGCAAAGAUUGAUGCUAAAUAUGUUUUCUAUGGCUUCUGGGCAAAGUAAAGGUAUUUUAUAAUGGUGGAUACUGUUGAGUGGCAGAUGCAAGGAGAGAGAGUAGCUGAGCUUUAAGCCUGCGUUCACACACCAUCACGAAGGUGGUGCUGCAGCUGUUCUAAAGCAGAUUUAGAUGAGAUAGUAUUUUUGACAGCUUUUGGAAAUACUUUAAUUUCUUAAUACAUGGCCUCAACUGGAAAUAACGUUGUUAUUUUAUUUUGGGGCCAUGUCAUGUAAUUAGAAGGUGGACAGUGAUGUCACAUGAGUGAUAUAGACACGGUACGACACACCUGCAGCUUCACACUCAGAGACAUCAGUGAAACAUUUGGCUGCUUUUUCUGAUUUGAAGCCCUCUCACAUGUGACAUCACUGCCCUCCUAAAGGUUUCCCAAUAAGGAAGCUACAUUCAGCGGGACCAUGCGACGUGAAGUUACAGUAUUGACGAGAAGUUAACAGGAUCAUCAGCGCUUGAGAAUAAAGUUUCUGUUUUUAUCCUCAAUUUCUGCUCUGGUUUGGUAAAAUCAGGAAAAAAAAAAACAUAUUUUCUCUGCUUAUUUUCAGUGACUCAAACAUAAAGAGACAGGGGAUGAAGGUAAAGAAUGUGGUGACAGGAGACUUUGGUUCAAUCUUCCCUCCUCUCGUAACGUUACAUCAUCUCAUGCAGAAAUCUUUUUGACGGGACUCAGGGAAGUGUGGCGAGGGAGGCGAAGUCAGUGUGAAUGCUAAGUGUAAUGUACUGUGUACUAUGAUGCACCCAGGAGAUUUCUUUGGGGUUUCUGUGAAUUGGUGCAUUGUGGAUAAUAUUGGCUGGCUUCAGAGCUUUGAUCACCAGUAUUUUAAACAAACCCCACCCCCCCACCCCUCCCUUUUUUUCCCCCCUUUUUUUUUUAAAGGUUUUACUGUGUAAAAAAAAUUUAAAAAAUAUAUACAGUAUCUAUAUCUAGGUUUACAGACAGGUUUAUAACGGCAAGCCAAUGAUAGAGUAACACGUAUUCAAGCUUUUUGAUCACAUCACGUUAAAUAAAAUAAGAAGUUUAAAAAAAAAAAAAAAGGGACCUCACUACUAACUUAUGUAGCUCAACAGGUAGGAAUCAUGUUAAUGCCUUUUUACUUUUGUGUUAACUUUUGUCUGUGUUCUGGUUGACACUCAGAUAAUUAAUCCUUUCAUGCUACAGCUGGCACGAUUUAGGUUUUUUUUUUAUUUUUUAUUCCACAAUUAUGAUGAAUUUGUUUCUACUUUUGUCAUUCAGUUUUGUGCGUAGGAUUUUAACUGGGUCAUUUAGCAUUUUGGCUGAUGAAAAAUUGUGAAUGUUAAUAAAAAUUUACUCUCUAAGGGA